CUGGAGCCGGGCCUGGUCCAGUUAUAAUAAAAAUGUAUCUUGACUUUAUCUUGUGGUUUAUUUUGGGAUGGACUCCCCACUCUACCCCUAUAUUUUUCAAGGGAAUGCCAAGGACAAACUUCAAACAAACGAUGAAAUAAACGGAGUCGCUGUCUUUAAGUGUGAAAGAGAAACCUCUGAACAAAAGCGGUUUCCUCCGGACUGAUGAAUUAGCCGGAUGUCUAGCGCGUUUGGACAUGCAGACGCGCGAUGAGUAACGGUGUCUCCCGACGGGGAGGAGAGAGGGCGGUCUGUGCUCAACGUCACAUGAAUGAACUAUAAAUAUAACAGCGCCACUGACAGCCUGACAAAGUAACGUGGUUGCAUUAUCCGUGCACAUGGCUCAAGCUGAGACGUUCGAGUUUGGUGUGGAGCAGGGACAGAUGCUGCAGGUCUUGAUGCGGCACUGUCAGACCACGAAGCGUCAGGAGACACGACUGCGUGUGGCCACCGCGCUGCUGCUUGCAACCUUCUUCGCGACUUUGGUGUGGCUACAAUUUCACCAGCAAAAUACUACGGAAGCAUUCCCAGGCGCCCAUCAAGAGGCUUUGAAAACUACAGAAUCACCGAUAAGACACUCUGUCCAUCUUGAACCUCUAAGACAGAUGCAUGCUUGCUCAGAACAACAGCCUAUUGAGUGGUUGGACGUGGAUGGUGGCUAUGACUCCCAAAAUUUCAAGCUGGAAAACCAAACAGUCCUCCACAUCUCCACAGAGGGCCUGUACUUGAUCAAUCUGAGGAUCUCUUACCGUACAGCCUAUGGCCAUUGUGACCCUGGUACAGAUUUGAUUUUAGUGGUCAGUGUCACACAGGAGCAUAGAAACUAUGAAAGAGAGAGAGAGGUUAUAAAUGCUGAAGAGUCUAUGAUUUGUAGAGACUAUUGGUUUCAGUCGAUCACUAUGAAUCGAGUAAUCAGGUUAGAAGCUGGCACUAGUCUCAGGGUGAGAAUUAACCAGAAUAGUUGCAAGUUUGUCAACUGGGUUAAAAACAGUCAUUUGGAUGUCACUUAUGUCUAGAGUUGUUUGUUUUUUACUUCCUGAUGGCAUUAAUGCAUAUUUGCGAUUAGUUAGAAACAGCAUAAGCAGGUGUUUAUUUUUUUAAUGACCUAUUAUUUAGGUGCUUUAAGAAAUACCAAAAUGUUCAACCACUUGGUUAAUAUUUUCAGGUUUAUUGAGAGGCUUACUCUCAUUCUUAAUGUUGAAACUGUUAUUAAAUAACAGGACUACCCAUGUACUAUCCACAAAAAGAUUUUGAAUAUAGUUAAGUGUUGUUGUGACAGCCAAAUUGCACUAAAAUGUUGGUAGCAGGUGAAAUUAUGUGCAUGUUUUAUGUUAAAACUUUUUAAAUGUGCAUUAACGAACUGAUUCAUUAAGAGUUGUUUGUCAUUUGAUUUUAAAAAUCAGGUUUGUUCAAUUUUAAAUAACCAAGUUGGAACCCAUCCUGUUCAUUGCAUUUACCUCUAGGUGGCAAUCACAUACAUCUGCAUUUCAGAAUGUAACAUGUUUUUGUGGUUCACUCAUAAAUCUGUAGACUUGUCUUAAAAUUCAGUCAAAUAAUGUUUUUACAAAUAUUUGUUUCAAAGACUCAAUUUAUAAAGCCACUGUCAACGAUUUACUACACACCGAUUUAAAGGUAUAUCUAGAAACAUCAAUGCAAAAAAACACAGAAUACACGAAACGCCUCGUGUUUAGUUCAGGUCACUGUAAUUAGCUCUCAAUUGCCUGUGUGUGUGGCUCCUUGAUUACUGGAUCAAGAAACAUGCUGCCUUUUCUCUGUACUGCAUGAAUAAAAAACUUGUAAGAGAAUCAGUCUUUGUGUCUGCUUUUGUUCAUUGAAGAUGUUCUGACAGACUGUUUAGCAUUGAACGGAGGCAGUCUGUAAUCUGACAGACCAAAACAUCUUCGGAGUAGUGAUUUUC